AAUUUAUGUGAUAGUUAUCCGGAUCCCAUAAUUAGAAUUUGAGGGGAGUAUUUAUAUUGUUCUGACAACUGUAAUUUCACUGUUGUCCUGGCUGCUCUUAUCUCUCUGUUUCUGGUUUUUGUUGUUUUAUAGCCCCUCUUUGACGAGGGGAAAAUACAAAUAAAUAAAUAAAUUAUUAGGAUUGCAUCAUAUCAGAUCAUUGAAUUGAAUUGAAUUUAUUUGAUUAAUUAUUAUUACUGUGUCAUACGUGCUCUACCUAUCCUUUUCCUUACUUCUUACCAGUUUAUCUACUCUUCUCUCCCACUGGUUCGGUUCUUACAUAUUUUCAACUGGAUUUCUGAAGAAAAUUAUUCUUGAUCGAUUUGGAUUUUCACUUGGAGCUGUUUGGUUUGGUUUGGAGAGUAUUGUAAUUAGCAGAAAAAUCGUGUUGGGGUUCUCUCGAUUAGGGAUUGAUUGGAUUUAGGGUUAGGAGAGAUUAAUUAUUGAUUGAAAUCGGGCUGUACAUGUGUUUAUUGAAGGUGGCGAAUCAAGGGGACAGAGGUGAUCGCUAUGCUAGGUUACCGGCAACCGGAGAUAGCGGCGGCGCCACCACCACUUCCGCCACUGCUUCCAUUCCUUACUUCGACAUGCAGCAACCGGAUUACCUGCUAUCCGCGGUGGUGUCGCCCCCUGCCCGGGGCAGUCUAACUGAGGAGAAUAUUGCCGCGGUGGUGACCGGUCAGCUACCCGGCGCUUUUACGACGCCGUUUGAUUCUCCUUCCUCUGCUUACUCUUCGUCCAGCUCCGGCUCGUGGCCCGGCCAGAAACGGCGGCGAGAUCACGACGACGGCCAAGAUAGGGUUCAUCGGGGAUCGGGCGUCGCCGGAGAGGCGUCGCCUUCGUCUUCGAUUCAACCAGAACCGGAAUCACGUACGACUGCCGCACCACCCGCCGGCGCCACCGCCGGACCGCCUCUGCAGCCAGAGUCCUCCGCCCUUUCCACCCCCGACGACACCGGAGAAAGGAGGAGACGAUACAGAGGAGUUCGGCAAAGACCGUGGGGGAAAUGGGCGGCAGAAAUUAGGGAUCCGCACAAAGCGGCUAGGGUUUGGCUCGGCACAUUCGACACGGCGGAGGCCGCCGCCCGAGCCUACGACGAGGCGGCGCUACGUUUCCGAGGCAAUCGCGCCAAGCUCAAUUUUCCAGAAAACGUCCGAAUUCUGCCUCCGCCACAUCAGACUUCUCAAAUCGCCAUUGCACCUCCUCCUCCUCCUCCUCCGCCGCCGGCGCCUCCGACCACCGCUCCCCAUUCUCUCCUCCACAGCUCCGCCGCGAGAGACUACUUCGAAUACUCGCAAUUGCUCCGUAGCACCGCGGAAUUCCAACCUCAACAAUCUCAAUCGAUGCUGCAGCACAUGCUCUACGCUUCCUCCAUCGCCGGUCUGUACCCUCCGCCGCCGUCGUCCUCCUCCGCGCCGCCUCCAUUUUCCUCUCCAUCGACCUCACCGUCUCCACUUCAAUUCUCUAGUGGUCAAAUGAUAUACUUCACGCCGCCAGGAAGUAAUCCGCAAACUGAUCAAGGCGGCGGCGGGGGGAGUAGCUCGAAUUUUCCGGCGCCGCCAUGGACAUCCGGGAUUGCGAGAGACGAGAACCACCAUGACGAUGCCGCUGCUCCGCUGCCAUCGAUACCGCCGGGGGUCGAUCCAGCGAAGGUUCUUACGCGUAAAGGGUUCAGUGUAGCUGUUAAAGUCCCGGUCGAGCGGAAGCCGCCUCCGCCGCUUCUCGUUUUUUGCCCAGACGGCGACGGAGGGCUUCAGGGCCUAAGAUGGUAUGCAAGGCGCCUUAGAAUGGAUGAAGAUGGAGACAUUGCUGAUGAAUUCCUCGUCGAGGUGUCACCAGAUACAGAAACAAGCAUGGUAGAGCCUGAUGAUAGAUCCAUGCCAAGAUUCAAAGUGAAGUACAACACGGUAUCCGCAAAGGUGAGGAAUCUUGCCCUCUUACCCAAUGGCAACAUUCAACAUCUUGUGGAGCUCCAAGGCAGGUUAGAAUGGUUGUAAAUGACCUGAUUGAUGCAGCCAGCCAGCCAGCAGCUCAUUACUUUCUGGGACAGUGAUUUUCAUCCACUAUUGUUUCAUCCAUUUAGGGGGAGGGGAAGGGAAUAUGGAACUAUGGUGUGACAAAGUUUUCAAUAUUUUUUUGCUGGAUUAUAGUUCUUUACAGCAGCCUUAGAAUUGUACCAUAACCUUCUACAUAUCAUUACUUACCACACCAGCAAAUUCAAAGUUGAAAAUUUUCUUGUGUUUUC